UUCACCUUCCAAACAAAACUGCUUAUUCCACUUCCACAGCUGCAGGAGGAAACAGUGGAGCACUACAACUUCAACCAACUGCUGAAUCUACAAACUGACCGAGAGACAAGAACAAAGACUUGAAAAGGAAAGUAACUUUAUCAGGGAACAGGGAGUGGCUGAGCCCCGUGUCUGCUGUGUUUUCUGCUUCGCUCAGGGACAAAAUGGCUUCCAGAUUAGAGGACGAUCUCUGCUGUUCUGUCUGCCACGAGAUCUUUAAAGAGCCUGUCAUCCUGUCAUGUACCCACAGCUUCUGUAGAGAAUGUCUGCAGAACUGGUGGAAGGAGAAACAAGCACGUGAGUGCCCAGUUUGUAAGAGCACUUCAAAGGCAAAACCACCUUUAAACCUGGCGUUAAAGAACCUGUGUGAGAGUUUCUUACAGGAGAGAGAUCAGAGACCUUCAGAGCCUCUCUGCAGUCUGCACUCUGAGAAACUCAAACUCUUCUGUGUGGACCAUCAGCAGCCAGUGUGUCUCGUUUGCAGAGAUUCAGAAAAACACACCAACCACAGAUUCAGACCCAUCGAUGAAGCUGCACAACAGCACAAGAAGGAACUUCAGGAAGCUCUAGAGCCUUUAAAGAAGAAGUUAAAGGGUUUUGAAGAAUGUAAAGUGAUAUUUGAUGAAACAGCAAAACACCUUCAGGUCCAGGCUCGACACACAGAGACACAGAUUAAGGAGCAGUUUAAGAAGCUUCACCAGUUUCUAGAAGAUGAAGAGGAGGCCAGUAUGGCUGCACUGAGGGAGGAAGAGGAGCAGAAGAGUCAGAUUAUAAAGGAGGAGAUGGAGGCUCUGAACAGAGAGAUAGCAGCUCUUUCAGACACAGUCAGAGCCACAGAGGACGAGCUAAGAGCUGAACACGUCUCAUUCCUGCAGAACUACAAGGCUGCAGUGGAAAGAGUCCAGCAGCGCCCCCUGCCGGAGUAUCCACCGUUGCCCUCAGGAGCUCUGCUGAUAGACAAAGCCAAACACCUGGGCAACCUGACCUUCAACAUCUGGAACAAGAUGAAGAACAUGGUCUCCUACACUCCUGUCAUUCUGGACCCAAACACUGUAUACACCGGACUCAUCCUGUCUGCAGAUCUGACCAGUCUGAGAGCAGGACCGACACAGGAGCCUCCUAUGAAUAAAAAGAGGAUUCUUGAGGACUACACUGUCCUGGGCUCUGAGGGCUUUAACUCAGGGACUCACAGCUGGGACGUCGAGGUUGGAGACAGUACAGAGUGGUCCCUGGGUGUGUUAGCAGAGUCUGCUUAUAGGUCAGGAGACGUAUGGUCUGGAUUAUGGAAAUUAUGGUUCUAUUUGGAUGAUUAUACAGCAUUUUCACCAUCAUAUCCCCGCAAUGAACUUAAAAUGCAGAAGUUCCAGAGGAUCCGAGUGAAUCUGGACUGGAACAGAGGAAAGCUGUCAUUCUCUGAUGCUGACACUAACACACACAUACACACCUUCACACACACUUUCACAGAGAGGAUGUUUCCAUAUAUAAGGACUCAAUGUCGUCACCCGUUGAAGAUUUUACCAGUGAACAUCUCGGUGGCUUUAGAGCAGCAGAAACACAUGAUGGUGGUGGUGAUGAUGAUGAUAAGCAUCAUGGUAAUGUUGAUGAUAAUGGUGAUAAUCAUGGUGCUGAAGCUGACACCUAAAGUUUAACAACAAAUAGAGGUUUAGAAGUGAGUUUAGGUGUUUAAACCCCCGAACCCCAGCGAGCAGUUUCAGGGCAGUUUUUUCACUUCAAUGUAUAUAAAAUCUAUUUAAAAAAUCCCACAGCUCUAUCGAAAGGCACAAUCAUGGCUGGAAAGAAGAACUCAAACAUGUAUUUUGUGCAGAAUAACAUAGUUAUAAUGAUUAAAUGUUUUUAACAGGAUUUGGUUAGUGCAACUAACUAUAAUAGAGGUAUUUUGACAGAAAUAUCACAAUUUUAAACUUCAUUUAAACUCUGGUGAUAAUACCUGUUUUCACAGUUUCUUUCUAUGAUAAACACCAUAUUUUUUAUCUUAUCUUUUUAUCCUUUGAAGAAAAUGUAUUUAUUAUUUCUGGCGGGUUGGUCGGGUUUAGAGUUUGUACAAACAGUACAACUGACAAAAAUCAAUUUGUGAUUGACAGCAGCUUCAAAUGGAGUUUGUUGGGAUUUUUUGUUUACAAUCAGAUAAUUAAUUAUACCUGUAUCUUAAAAGUUUCUGUGUUGAAACAGCAGAUAAAAUGUGAUCCCUGUUGAUUUGUUUACUGUUGUUAAAUUAUUAUGCAUCACCGUGGAGACAAUAACUAAAGGGAAGUUUGAAUCAUUUAAUUCUAAAACUAUAUCAGAUGUACAUAAUAAAUUUGGUGUGAUUUUAUGUUGUAGUGGAUAUUGUUGAAGAAAAGAAUAAAAACAGCUAAUUCCUAACUCUUCGGUGUGUGUGUGUGUGUUUUUUUUUAAAUUGACACAUAACAAACACCACAUCAAGAGAUAUUCAGGA